GGAGCUGUUUGUGUUCUCCAAUUAAACUCCCACUCCCAUGCCACGUAACGUUACCGCCGGUAGGUUCGGCGACAGAAAUAAGUUUAGCGGCUCCAAAACGGUCACUGCGGCUAUCCAAAUGAUGAAUAGAGAGCAGGAAAAGCAGACGGCAAACGGCGAAUGCUGGAAAUAUCGAAAUAGACUUCGGAGGUACACUUCGCGGGAGAAGACAAUGCGGAAUGACCGGACCGUAAUGGUUGGCUGAAGGAAAAUACGACCAAAUACUGUCGAAAACUUUUUCCACCUGGCUCAAGCUCGAGACCAAGAUGCAUUUGAUGUAUACCCUCGAUGCUAAUGGAAAUAGAGUAUAUACACUUAAAAAAAUAACCGAUGCUGGGAAAAUAACUAAGUCGGCACACCCUGCGAGAUUUUCACCGGAUGACAAGUUCUCCAGGCACCGUGUGACAAUCAAGAAGCGCUACGGUGUCUUGUUGACGCAAUUACCAGCAAAGCCUCUCUAGAUACCUAUUUCUUAGCUGGACGUCAUGGCUUGUAGAAAUGUGCAUGCGACGGGUCCCCUUUCCUUCGAACAUUUGAACUAUCAAGUGUGCUGUUGAUACUUGGUGAAUGUUCAUCACUGAGCGGCAAGGUUUCUCUCACUUCAUUUUCCGUGAUGUUACAUAUUUAAUA